AUGGUCGUGACUAAGUGCCUUUUGUUUCAAAGAGCUGCUUCCGGGUUGCUGGUGAAGGGUGGUCCCUUGCGUAACUUCUCAUUGCCAGCCACGGCUGGCAAGAGUCACUACAAAGUGCUGGUUGCUGGAGGAGGCACAGGCGGGUGUUCUGUGGCGAGUCGCCUUCGAGACAUCCUUCCAGCCGGUGGAGUGGCCGUGAUUGAACCCCAUGAGCACCACUACUAUCAAGGUGCGUGGACUCUGGUUGGUGCGGGAAUAAUAAACCUUCCAGCCACGCGAAUCCCCAUGCAACAGGCGAUUCCAGACAACGCCGAAUGGAUCCACGAUAAAGUUGUCGCCUUCGAUCCCCCGAAUAACAAAGUCACCACGGCUUCGGGUCGACAGAUAACCUACGACUACUUGGUCCUCUGCGUUGGGCUUCGGCUGCGUUUUGAUUUGAUCAAGGGUGCGCUAGAGGCACUGGAUAACGACCCGAGGGUUUGCUCCAACUACUCCGCCUACUACGUCGAGAAGACUUUUAAGGCAUUUCAAAAUUUCAAGACCGGUACCGCCAUCUUUACGCUGCCCCACACACCUAUUAAGUGCGCUGGGGCUCCAUUGAAGGUCACGUAUCUCUUUGAGGACUAUUUGGCUCAGAGAGGUCGCAAGAAUGACGCGAAGAUUCUGUACUUUACGGCCCUGAAGUCGAUAUUCAGCGUGCCAAAAUAUGCCCAGGCACUUCGAGAAAUCUGCGUCAAACGUGGAAUCGAGGCGUUCUAUGAGCACAACCUGGUUGAAGUAAGGCGCUCUAGGGCACUAGCGCACUCAAACGCAUUUUGUAUUCGGUGGAAAUGUAUUGACCACAAGAACAGCAUCGCGGUUAUGCAAAACCCUACCACGAAGGAGACUUCGGAAUACAGCUACGAUUUUCUCCAUCUGACUCCGCCCAUGACUUCUCCGGACGUUCUAACGACGACACCUGGUCUGACUAAUCCCGGUGCGAACAACUACGUCGACGUGGACCAAGGGACCCUGCGCCACGUCAAAUUUGGCAACAUUUUCUCCCUCGGUGACUGCUCGUCUUUGCCAACUUCGAAGACUGCAGCUGCAGUAGCUACUCAAAGUCGUGUGCUUGUCGAUAACUUGACGGAUCUCCUUGCGGGUGGGUCUGGCACAGUUUCCAAGUACACUGGCUACACCUCCUGCCCGCUGAUCACCGGCUACCAGAAGGGGAUUCUGGCCGAGUUCGACUAUGACCUGAACCCCGUCGAAACCUUCCCCAUCGAUCAGUCUCAGGAGCGGGCGCUUUUCGCUUGGGUCAAGCGGUCUCUCUUGCCACCUCUGUAUUGGAACGGCCUAAUCAGGUAG